AUGACGGACACAAGCGCCUAUGGUGGUCUCUUCCAAGACCCGUCGUAUCUCUCCUCUGACCCAGACCCGAGAAAGACAGAUCCCUACGACAAGAAGGAUGCCAUUCCAUCGAGGUACUUGGGCAAGAGCAUGACAGUCGGCGGCCGCGUACCGCCCGGCCAGCACCCUGAUGCGUACUUUGACAAGAAAUUCCUCACUCUCGCCUCCUCGGAGCAGAAUGGCGGUAAGCCGGUGGGCUAUGACGAGAACAAGUGGUGCACUACCGCCAAGAAGCAGACCAAGAAGCCCAUCUCCGACAAAGAGUUCCGCUACUCAUCGUACCCAGAGAGGAGCACCGGCCCAGGCAGCUACUACGGCUGCUUUCAGAGCCGCCCGUACGAGUACAUGACGGAGCCGUGGGACGAUGGGAAGUCCAAGAAGAGAAGAGCUGCAAAACCAAAGGAAGAGGAGGAGCCGACACACCUGCCUAACAUCAAGACGAACCCCGCCAAGAAGGGCACGUACGGCUACGCCGGACUGCUGCUGAGCAACCCCAUUUACAACGACAACUGGAAGGAUGAGCACGCCGCGGCGGAGGCAGAGAGGGCCAGCAAGGAGCGUAAGCAAGGGCCCGCACCAAAGGCCCUGGGACCGCCGUUUCACAUUCCCGGUGUGAGCCACUCCUACAUCGACGAGAUGCCGAAUACAGGUGUCUCUGGGGUGUAUGCGGCCUACGAGGCCCCGGCUGAUAGCGCUGCGACCAAGAACCGCAAGGCCAAGAAAGAAACUAAGGCUGUCCCUACCCUAGUCCACGAGCGCGCCUUCUGCGGGUAUGCCAACCGGAUCGGCGAGCAGGGUUGUCUGAACCCGUUCCCCAACGUGUGGGUGCACCCCGAUGAGAUGCAGCUCUCGAAGAGCGCGCAGCGCAAACAGGCGCAGGAGGAGGCGGGUCGGCCCCCCAAAGGGGCCGGUGUAUGGAGACCAAACUCCUUCGAGAAGACGUCUGUAGUGUCCUCGUGCCUUCGUCGGUUCUACUGA